UGCAUGAGAUUACAAGCCAAAAUGAUAUGUCUAUUAGGUAUUGUAUUCCGAUGAAGUAUAUAUCUUAACUUUCUUCUUGAUAACUAUCAUACAAUAAUUAUAAAAUGUCGCAACCACCCUACCGACCAAUCAAGCGUCUUCUCAUAGCAAAUAGGUGCGUACUUAAUAUUCGCUUCUCUUUCACCACGUCCAUGUCCAUCUCUUCCCAAGCUUACUUCCAAAAGGGGAGAAAUAGCAACACGUAUAAUAUCCACAGCAAGAGAACUGGAUAUCGAGACCUACUCUCUUUACACCGAAAAUGACUCCUCUCACACUCUACACUCAACCCAUUCCAUUAAACUUCCCUCUCCAUCAUCGUAUCUGGAUAUCUCAGCUCUAAUAUCUAUUGUCCAAAAACAUGAUAUCGACACUAUUCAUCCCGGCUAUGGAUUCCUCUCCGAAUCACCCAAAUUUGCAGAGAGGAUGUGGAAAGAGGCUAAUGCGAUUGUCAUUGGGCCUGGGCCUGAAAUUCUAGAAAGAACAGGUGAUAAAUUAAUGGCAAGACAACUGGCAAAUGAAUGUCACGUUCCUAUUCUCCCUGCUCUUCAAACUUCCACAAAUGAUAUUUUUCAACUCCAUGAUUUUGCAUCCUCAGUUGGCUACCCUAUCAUUAUUAAAGCUGUAGACGGGGGCGGCGGUCGCGGUAUUAGGAUUGUGACCCAAGAAACAGAGUUGGAAGAUAUGCUCAAAGCAGCAUUGAGAGAAAGUCCAAGCAAGAAAGUUUUUGCAGAAAAAGCGGCGAUUGAUGGUUAUAGACAUGUGGAAGUGCAAAUUAUUGGGGAUGGAAAAGGAGGUGUAAGACAUCUUUGGGAGAGGGAAUGCAGUAUUCAGAGGCGAUUUCAAAAGGUUGUGGAGUUUGCGCCGAGUGGAGCAGCGGAUAGAGAUUCAAUAGGCAGGGUGAUUGAUGCAGCAUUGAGGAUGGCUAAAAAGGUGAGAUACUUGAAUGGUUCAAUCAGACUAGGAAUUGAAGUAUUUAUCAUUUUUAAAGGUCAAUUACUACUCACUUGGAACCUUUGAGUUUCUCGUCCGGCAAUCAUCCCCGGAAUUCUACUUCUUAGAAAUCAACCCGCGUCUACAAGUCGAACAUACCAUUACCGAAUCUUUGGCUCUUGGCAUCGAUCUCGUCAAAAUCCAACUUCUCCUCGCUGAAGGUCAUUCCCUCCCAUCCCUCCUUCCGCGAUUUCUCCCAUCUAGCCCCUCUACACCACCCGAAAUCCACUCACUCCAACUCCGCAUCACAGCCGAGUCACCCUCACAGGACUUCUCUAUUAGUCCGGGAAAAAUCUCAUCGUUCCAUUUUCCAUCCGGAAAUGGUAUUCGAGUAGAUACUCAUCUGCAUCCAUCAACUUCCGCCGUCAUCGGCACAGAUUUCGAUAGCUUACUAGCAAAACUCAUUAUCACCGCACCUACCUGGCUAGAUGUUAUUGCGAAAGCUAAACGUGCCUUGGAUCACACAUUCAUCACUGGUAUCGAAACAAAUUUGAAUCUGUUAAGGGCUAUUGUGGCUAGUGACGAUUUUAGGAGACAGAAAUGCGAUACGAGAUGGCUGAAGAAGAAUCUACCGAUGCUGCUUGAAUCAGCAAGUAACAUAGGCAAUAACUUGAAGAAUGUGGUACCAUCGAUAUCCACAACUCAGAUACCGGCUCUGCCUAUAUCAUCAAAUGUUCUCUUUCGUCCAAGAGAUGCAUGGGAUAUUUUUCUUACUCCUGAAAAUUCGAAAGAUGGCUCUGGAAAUACAUCACAGACGCCAUAUCAUCUCCAAAUAACUCGCAUUCUAACCAACAACUUCCCUUCUUUACUCAAAGCCAACAUCCUCUUUACUUCCCCCUCAUCCACUAGCUCAUCCUCAAAACCAACACCCUACACUCUCUCACUUACCUCCUCCACCUCAUCUUCCUCCCAACAAUCCUCACAAAAUCAUCGUCUUGGCAAUCUUUCAAACCCAAACCAUAUAACCGCCCCCUUCCCAGGUAAACUCAUUGAAAUCUAUGUAGAAACAGGUGAUAGAAUAUUAGCCGGACAAGCCAUUUGUGUAAUAAGACAGAUGAAAAUGGAAGUUGAGAUACGAAGUAAAAAAGGAGGGAUCAUCACAUGGGUUCUUGGAGAUGAGGAAGAGGAGGAGGUAUGGGAGGUUGGGUUAGAUGUUAGGGAGGGAGUUCUGAUUUGUGAGUUGGAGGAUGAAGAUGCAUUUGGAAGGGAUAGUAAACUUUAGAUGCCCUUGAUGCCGGGUAGGAGAUAUCGAAAAGUGUUAUUUGGGCUGGAAGUUGGAUUAGUGCUAGAAUGGCCGAUGCCAGAUUGCAGCAUGAUUAUUAGUAUUUUUUUUAGGGGGAGGGGAGGGGAGCCUAGUUAACACAAAUAUCGCCGCGAGCUAAUCGAGAGAAGGCUAAUUCUCAUUUAGGGCUUUGAGUUGAUUGAGAAGAGAAAUAACCGGUCUGGUAUUAGUAUGUCAUUUAUGAACUACUUUGGGAAUUAUUCAUUCGAUAUCCCCACAAUCUGAUUCAGAUAUAAGACUACCAAAAUAGAUAGUAGCAAUAGGUAUAACAAACUUCGAACCUGGGU